GCUCGCGCACAUCAAGCGCGGCAAGUGGAAAGCCAAGACCAGAUGACGGUGAUGACCUCGCGAACCUUGGAACAUGCAGUGCUGGACCUACGCCCCUGCGUUCCGAGGAGCUCGAGCUCCUGGCGGCGGCAACAAAGGGAGCCAGAGGGCGAAAUGCCAGCCUCGAUAUCUCAUCCGCGAGGACCUGGGAAGACGUCCGACGCAUCCUCCAGCAGAGCUCCCACGAGACCUUGGCAGAGGUGCUUCGAGCGCAUCGGCUGCGGGUGCAGGCCGAGACACGCGCUGAACGGGUGGAAC